CUGACUGAACAUGGCAAAAAGGGAACAACAACUCAAGUAGACCUGUGAUGAAAAACUGAAAAUCAUUAAUCUCAAAUACUUUUGUCAGCACUUUGUCUUUUUUUUCAGCAAUUGGUAAAUACCAGUUACUAUCUCGUAUGCACCAUUUACUAUUUGGUACGCACUAGUUACUAUCUUGUGCGGAUCAAUUAGUAAUUGGUGCGCACCAGAUAUCUUGUGCGCACUAGUAACUAUCUUGUGCACACUAGUAACUUGAGUGAACCAGUAACUGUCUCAUGCAGACCAAUUAGUAAUUGGUGGGCACUAGUAACUAUCUUGUGUGCACUAGUAACUUGUAUGGACCAGUAACUAUAUCACGCAGACCAAUUAGUAAAUGGUGCUUGACCGUUACUGCACCAGUUUCUAUCUGGUGCACUCCAGUUAUUAUCUGGUGUGGACGAGUUAGUACCAGGUGUGCACCAGUUAUUAUCUCAUGCACACCAAUAACUAUGUUGUGUGGACCAGUAACUGUCUCAUGCAGACCAGUCAGUAACUGGUGGGCACCACUUACUGACUCGUGUGUAUCAAUUAGCAACUGGUGCCCAGUAGUUACUACACCAAUUUCUACCUAGUGGGCGACAGUCACUAUCUUGUGUGCACCAGUUACUAUGUGGUGUGCGCAAGUUACCAUCACACUAGUAACUAUCGUGUGUAGACCAUAAACUAUCUCAUGCAGAUCAAUUAUUAACUGGUCCCUAAUGGUUACUACACCAGUUUCUAUCUGGUGCGCUCCAGUUACUAUCUGGUGUGGACCAAUUAGAAACAGGUGUGCACCAGUUAUUAUCUUGUUAGAACCAAUAACUAUGUUGUGCGGACCAGUAACUAUCUUAUGCGGACCAGUUAGUAGCUGGUUUGCACAAGAUAGUGUCUCGAGCAGACCAAUUAGUAACUGGUGCGCACCAGUUUCUAUCUCGUGGACACAAGAUAGUAAAUGGUGGACACAAGAUACUAUCUGAUGCGCACAGCCUCUUUAGGGGCUCAAUAAAAUCCUUUCUACAUUCUUUUGUGGUCUGUCAUUUAUUUUUCCAAAGAAAAAUUAGACCUUUUAAAUGUUAUUUUGUUUUUUUCCUACUAUUCAUUGCUUUUGAGAAGAGCUAUUAUUAUUCUUUUCUUUUUUUUUUGCCACUUAUGCCUUUUAAAUAAUUAAAUGAAAAAAAAAUUAAGUGCUAAUUAAGACUUAAAUAUAAACGUAAAAUAACUAUUAUUUAAUACAUGGAUAAUAACUUGCAUGAACACCAAAAGUGUUUUUAGAUAAAUGUGUAUUAUCUGUACUGCUUUCAAUCUCUUUACCCCUGUAGUUAAUAGUUAUACUAAAGUAUUUUAGUACUUCACUUGAAGUAUUCCACUUUGACAAACUCCCAGAUGCCUUCAUGACCCCUCUAUGGACAGAUGCACGCUGGGUACUGUAGUUUCCUAGCCAACACCACGGAAGUCACUUAUUGCUACAAAACUACAACUCCCAUCAUGCACUGCACAUUUUCUUCCUCCUUUCCUUCCUUCCUGCAGCCUCGGCCCUUCUCCCUUGAAAAAGGAAGAUGAGAAGCCGCAGCAGCUGCCCGACACCGAACCGAACCGGACUUCUAGUGGCAUGUCGUCAGGGCGGCUGCUGACAGAGCGGAGGCCGAGCCCAGUUCCCGUUUCCCGCCCCUGAGUAGUGCGAGCGCCGCUGGAGCGGCGGGGCUCCGCAGCCUGGAGGAGCGGCGGGUGGAGCUGCAGCCUGCCGGGCCGAACCGAGAGCCACGCCGAGCCCAACGGAGCCGCUGUCGUCCGCGCUCUCCCAACGAUGCACAACGACCCACAGGACUGAAGCCUCGACGGAACCCCAUCCUGAAAGCAGACCGGAUCCCUCCCUGCCCCCCUCCUCCAGCUUCCCUGCAGGUGGCAGCAUGGAGCGCUCUGGCAGCAUCCAGCUGGACAUCCCAGACUUCAGCAACUCGGUCCUGACUCACCUGAACCAGCUGCGAGUUCAGGGGCGUCUGUGCGACAUCGUGGUCAACGUCCAGGGUCAGAGCUUCCGCGCACACAAGGUAGUCCUGGCUGCCAGCUCGCCAUACUUCCGUGACCACAUGUCCUUGAGCCAGAUGAGCACCGUGUCGCUGACAGUGAUCCGCAACCCGUCGGUGUUCGAGCAGCUGCUGUCCUUCUGCUACACCGGCCGGCUGUGCCUGCAGCUCGCAGACAUCAUCAGCUACCUGACGGCCGCCAGCUUCCUUCAGAUGCAGCACAUCAUCGACCGCUGCACCCAGAUCCUGGAGGGGAUCCACCUGAAGAUCAACCUGGCUGAUCUGGAUGACGAGUCCAGAGGAGAGGAGGUCGUGCGGGGUUCUAGGAGGUCCACUGAAACUGUGGUCCGUGGAGGGGGGCAUCAUGGAGGUCUACGUCUGCUGGGGUCGCGGGGGGGAGUGGAGGCGAGUGAGGCGGGCAGUCCAACGGAGGAGCAGCUCAGCCCUCCACCAACUGUGGAGCAUAGCGGACUGGAAGGGCCCAGAGCGUCCAGCAGGGUGGCCAAGGAGCCCAUCCUGCGCAUCAACCGGGCGGGGCAGUGGUAUGUGGAGACGAGCAGUGAGCCAGAGCGGGCCGGCAGCGCGGAAGAGGGCGGGGACAGAGUCAGGAUCAAGACGGAGAGGAUGGAGGAGUGGAUCGGGGCGGGAGAGCACCAGGAGGACGGGGUGCAGAUGGAGGAAGGGGCCACCGUGAUGAUCGACUCCUCCGGACGCAGCACGCUGGUCACAGGGCCGCUGGGAGCUCUGGGGGCCCGGAGUGCACAGCCGUCUUCCAGCUUCAGCGAGACGGACAGGUUCAGCCCGACAGGCAGCGUGGUCGUCCUGACGGAGCGCCAGAGAGCAAAGAGCGAGUCUCCCAGCAGAGCAGACGAGUUGCGGCAGCCCAGCUCUCAGGGGGAGGAGCAUGCAACGUUCGAUAUGGGCGGCUAUGAGGAGUACCUGAGGGAGCAGGUAGGAGACCGCUGGUACCGCUACAACCCUCGACUCACCUGCAUCUACUGUUGCAAGUCCUUCAACCAAAAAGGCAGCCUCGACCGCCACAUGCGUCUGCACAUGGGCAUCACGCCGUUCGUCUGCCGCAUCUGUGGCAAAAAGUACACCCGCAAGGACCAGCUGGAGUACCACAUCCGCAAGCACACGGGCAACAAGCCCUUCCAUUGCCACGUCUGCGGGAAAAGCUUCCCCUUCCAGGCCAUCCUCAACCAACACUUCCGCAAGAACCACCCAGGCUGCGCCCCCCAGGAGGCCCACAGUGCCUCCCCCGAGACCACCACCGCCUCCGUCACGUCGAGGGGAGGUCCGAGCGACGAGGCCUCCCCAAGCCAAGAGGAGCCAGAAGGCGGCGGUGGAGGAGGAGGAGGGAGCAGCAGCGGCGGAGGGCAGUACGGGGACGGCCCCCAAGCCUCUGUGUCCACCACGGGGCCUGACUGAUCCCCGCGAAUGGAUGGGGUGGAUGGUGACAGACCAGGAGGGGGUCAUCCAGAACUGGAUGCAGAACCCCCGAAAGUCAACUGAGCCCUUAAAAGAGUCCAAACUGAGAUUUUGUUCCCGCUUUAAACCGUAUCUACCUUCACCAAGCGAACCGGACAGAUUAAGCUAAGAUGAAGAAAUGCCACACACGUCUACAACCUCAUGCACCACACAGUUCCGUGGUUCUCCUCUGCCUCCGUCUUAUUUAUGCCACACAGUUCUGCUUUUUUGUACUCAGCAGCCUCACGGUGCAACACCCACACGGUUUGCCAAACAGUCCAGUGCCAGUGGAACAGCUCAACCCGCGGUAAUUGCCUUGAGACAAUCCAGAGCCGUCAGGUCAACGACACCUCUACCCCUCACGCUCUUUAAGUGCCACAUCGGACAUUUUGUCGCACAAAAACGUCCAGGAGACCGUGCAGCUGCAAGAGCUCCGAUGUGAUCGAUCUCACAUUUCAAGAAAAGGUUUUUCACUAACCUUGCACAGAUAUACCUCAUUCAGUUACAUUUACCUUUCCUAAUAUUUCACUCAGAGCCGUUACGUUUUACCUGUCCAAAAGACCAUUAACUUGAUUUCUAAUUUCUUUUUUUAAUGACAUAUCUUUGGUUUGAAAUGAAAUUUGGUCCAAAAACUUUUCUUUUUAUUAGCAAUUGUUUUCAAAUGCAAAUAAUUUAGAAAUGACAUACAGAAAUUUUGACCUCUAUUAGUGUUUUUUAACACCUUAUGGAUGUUCAAAGACAUGAUAACUUGUCUCUUUUGCAUCUAACAUCAGCAUUAAAGCCAGAUUCUUUGAGCAUUGUAGGUUUUGAACUUGUGGUUAAAUCAAACUGGAUAAUUUGACUAAACAAAUUCACAGCAGGACGUCCAAAAACCUCAGAUAAGCUACACACAGCUCAGUUACCUCUGAUCACUACGCAAUACAGCUGCUGCACGGCGCCACCACGGAGCAUUUCUGUUCACGCACUCCAGGGUUUCUGUCAAAACCAAACCAACACUUUUUUUUUUCCAUGUGUGUGACACAAUACUGAAUCUCUCUUUAUUUUUGGGUUAGGGAGCUUAAAGCAGUUCCUGUCUCUGUUAGUUAUGUAGUAAACCUGCUGCACUCGGAUGCUUCUCUCUCCAGAUUUCCCUGAAAAUCUGCUCUAACAAUCUGAAAAACAUGUGUUUUAACGACUUCCUUAGUCUAAAUUUACUCACAUCUUUUGUACAAAUUUACCAUAUUUAGUGCUAAGGAGGUGGCCCUAAUGCUAUGGUCACAAGUACAAUCGCUGCCGCAGGAUGGGGAGGCACUGGACUGGCAUUGUGUGGCAUGGAAAUGUGCACGGUCUGCCACUGAGCGAUGUCAACUUUUCGAGAAAAAUCGUCUGGUCUCCACCAUCCUGACAGGUUUCUUUAAAAAAACGUUUAUGUAACUAUAACAUUUGCUUUUAUUAAGUGACUAAUUACCUUUUUGAAUCACCCCUAUUAUCUCUUAAAGUAAAUUGUAUUUCUAGUCAUUUAUUUGCUCAUUUACAGUUUAGUCUGCUCAAUUUUUAUUAUUUAAUUUUGACAAUUUAGUUGCCAUAAAAUAACUCAAAAAUGAAUACAAUAUUUUUUUAAUCCAUGAAUUACUCCUUCUAACUAAAAACUUUAUGAAUGAUGCGUUAUAAGUUUGAACACAGAUAAGUUGAAUUGUGAGGAUGAGUAGAGUGCAGCAGCUUUAAAACCUAACAGAUGACAGUAGAACUGAGUUCACACACAGAAAGCAUCAGGGCGGGACUCAGACCCUGUCGGACCGGAUGGAUGUAGUGGCCAAGCCAUGAAGCUGGACAUUUAAACGAAAAAGAGAAAUAAAACGGAGGAUUAAAGGCCUCAAGUUCUCCUGCUUGUGGCCAAAAGCAGGUCGUACCAUCUGUCAAUCAAAGGGGGGAGAAUGGCACGGCCAUAAUCACUUCAGCACUUAACAGGAAAAUAAUAACUGGGUUGCAAAGUUUUUAUCAAAGCAGAACUAUAAAGAAAUUGAACCAUAGUAUCAGACAAACUUUGAUACCUGCAUAUGGAAAAAUGUAUCCUUUCAAAAUGAUGAACUGAAUUCCUAUGUUCUGAUUUAGCAGGCAGCACACGAAUGGCCAAUUACUGUUUUCUACAGGACUGUGAAGCCGAUUCUCAGUGGACGGUAAACGUUUUUUUAUGCAAGCGAAGCCAGCGGCUCUGCUCCUCGCUUCGAGUGACUCCUCACGGCGGGAGCCGCCGCGACGCUCACUCUUUCAGGCUUAACCAGGAACUAUCAGGUAUAUAGACUCUUCCUCGAUUCCCUCAAGUGGACGUUUCCCUGCCGCUUCGUAGCAGAACGUUAACGGAUAACCUCAGUGCGGUUUGCACGCUGCAACACAGAACUGACCUACAAAUGAACAAAUGAGAAGAUAUGGUGAGAUGAUCGUAGGGUUUUCAGUGACAGAAAUAACAUCAGUCGGGGCUGGGCAAUAUGACAACGGAGGUUUGGGUUGAUUCUGAUUCAUCUUAUUUCACUUCUUUAAUUAAAAAAGGUGUGUUGUUACCUUUUUAAAGCACACUACCGACCUCUUUUAGGUUUUUUUUAGUUUUCUAAGUAUUCAGAUAAAUAAAAACAAUAGAAAAAAGCAGUUUAAGGACUACUAAAACAAAAAAAUCACAAAUGUUUGAUCAAAUUCUCACAUACUUGGGCUUCUAAUGUCUGGCAGAACUUUUUUCUUGUGGUUUUGCCUGAGAUGUGAGCGCGUUCACUCCUUCAUUCUAAGUACAACUCCUCUGCUUUAAAUGUGGUUUUCCAUCAACUCAAGAACUGCUGGGAUCACCGUGCUGCUGCUGGAUCUGUGUAUUCCUCUGAGAACCUCCCAGAAGUUCCAACAAAGAGUUGGAAGUCCUCACCAGAAGGAACAUUGUUCCUAUUACCUCUGGAAAAAAUAAUCUAAAAAAAUAAAAAAGCAAAAAUUAAAAACCAAACCUCGUUGAUUGUGGCUCAGGCUUAGAUAAAAGGAAUAUUCCCUCAAAAGCAUGUUGCCCAGCCCUUGACACAAUAAUUAAAAUAGUUGGUUUUCUUCCUCUGAAACUCCUGGAACUAAGAGAUUAUACUUUUUUUUAUAUAAAUAUAUAUAUAUAUAAGAGUGUGUUUUCACAAAUGCUACGCUUUAUGUUCCGUUUCAUGUUGUCACGAGUUACUUUAUCCUUCCUGCUUUGAGUUGGAACGACACGAUCAGGACUUUCAUGUAACGUCAGGUAUAAGCUGAGCCGCUCCGGUCCGGAUCUGCUCAAGGAAUCCAUAGGGAGAAUAAUCAGAUCAUGCAUUUUUGAACUCAUGUUUUUUUAUUUACACAAAUGUCAGAAUAUCUUCUUAAAAGAUCUGAAAAAUCUGACUUUGUCCUGUACUCCUGGAUCAUCGGUCGGUGCUCUGAUGGUCCAUGAGCAGGUUGGUCGAAAAGUUAGUUUUCAGAAAUAUAAGGAAGAAGUUGUUAGAAGCAGAAAUCUUUAAAAAUAAUUAUUUCCUCCCAUGUAACGGAGAGUAUCCUUACCUCCUUACACAGUAAAUUAUCUUUAUUUUUUUCAGAGAGACUGAAAAAGACAACAACUAGAUGAUCGUUGACAGCACUAGAUUAGUUAACAGAACUAAAUGUAAAGCUGUCAUCCAGACUGCAGCAGAAACAUAACCACACACCUCUGCAUCUGUUGAUUUCUGACAUUUACUUAUUAAGAAGCAUAUAAGGAAAUACGGUGUGCGUGAAUGUUGUGUUUCCAAUCCACAGGAAAAAAAACAUGAGUUUUUUAUGUAAUUUCAAAAAUAUCCUCCAAAUCUGACUAUUGUAAGGAUUCCUCUUUUUCCGUUUAUCCUUUUCAUUGUCAAACUGUGAAAAACAGCCAAACCUCAUCAUCAUCAUCACUGUCUUACUCCUUCCUCGUUGCUUUUUGGACUUAUUGAGCCGGUUCAGGCUCUACUUUGCUUUGCUACAAAGAUAUUUGCUUUUGUUUAACAUUUUACGCAGUCGAUCCGCUGUUUAGCGUAAAUAAUAUCUUGAAACGUAUGAUAACACAACAUGCCUGACUAUAAGUCCAGUUAUUUUGAAAUAUUCAAUAAGGUUUGUGGUUUAUUCCUCAAAGUAUAUCUUAAUAUAUCAAAGCAGAUAAUUAAUCAGAGAAAAGCUGAGUUUAGUAAAUUAACUUUUAAUAAUGUAAGCGUCUCUUUGAAAGGAGGUACUUAAGAAGAAAUGUAGUAGAUGAACCUGAGAGGUUUUAUGUGAAGAUUUUUUUUUAAUUUUUUUUUCUUUUUUUUUAUGUUGCAUGUCUCUGUUGUCAAUGAUGUUGGUGGGGGGAAGUGCGGAGGGUGGGAGGUCAAUUAGAUUAGAAAAAUGUGAAGAAGCUUCCUUUUUAUUAUGACCACUAGAUCACUCACAGGUUGCAUCUCCUUCAAAGGAAAUAAAGCACUUUAAGUGUAAAACAGCA